ACGUUGCUCGGAAAAAAGCGGAAAACCAACCCCCCUUGCACACCCAUAGAAAUAUUCUGUUCAAGAACAGCUGUCCCAAGUGUCAAAAAGUGAACAACAACAGAGAAAUAAGUGAAAGAAAUUUACACCACAAAGUGAUCUAAAUCGGAUUUCAGGCAUACCAUUUCCCUGAACUGAACCGAAACAAGAAAAGUGAAAUUUUUGGAUUAUUAUCAAACACACACACACACACAUUUUUGCCGUCGCAUUUUCUGUGGAUUACUCUUCAUCGACGACAAAAAAUAAAACAAAAACCAAAACGAAAAGCUACAAAUUUCUGUGGCCACCGUCAACAUUUCCUUGUGGAUUACACUCUUCAAUAACAAAACUACACUAAGCAACAAAAAUGGUUGUCUUGGAAGGAGGCGGUGGUGUCGUUACCAUCGGCAAUAACCAAUACCUUCAACCGGAUUACUUGGCUCCACUCCCGACAACGAUGGAUGCCAAAAAGAGUCCCCUGGCUCUGCUCGCCCAGACAUGCUCACAGAUUGGAGCCGAUUCAUCGGCGGUGAAGCCCCUGCUGGCAAUGGACAAGAACAAGACGAAGCCGGGCACCUGCUCCUCGUCCUCCACAUCCUCGACCUCGUCGAGCAACGGCGAUAUAUCGGCGGCCAAGUCGCCCGGCAGCCAGGCAAAAUCGCCGAAAUCCACAACGCCCAUUACGGCCACGGCCACCAGCAAUACCAGUCUGACAACCACCGGAGAGAUCAAGCUGGCCUUCAAGCCGUACGAGACGAACGUGCUGAGCCACCAGAACCAGAACUCCUUCAAGAGCAGCUCCUCCGUGGAGGAACCGAUGCGUCCCAGCUCCAAGAACUCCUCCUCCGCCCAGGAGCGUGUGCCGUCGCGCAGCAAGUCGAAUGCCACGCCCACAGAUGGACAUAGCCGGACACAGGAGGCGGCACCCAGCACACCCCAUGAUAAUGGCAGCCGGAAGACAGUGUCGCCCUCGGGCUCCUCACAGCGCGGCGCCAGCCCCAUCGUACGCUCCGGAAUGGAGGUCCUGAGCAACUCCAACGGCACCGCACAGCAUCCCAAGGAGAUGAGCAGCAUGGCAGCAGCAGCGGCCGCCGCAGCGGCGGCCUACAAGGCAGCCGGUCCCUAUGGCCUCAACCAUCUGUCGGCCCUCUGCUGCCCGCCUGGGAUGGAGCAGCACGCGAAUCCUGCUUUCCGUCCGCCCUUUGCCGGCGGCUUUUCGCACCAUCACGCCGCCAUGCUGGCGGCGGCUGCAAAUGGCGGCUAUCCGGGCGCCGGAGGCGGCAAUCCCGCCGGACAGCCGAAUCCGUACAUCAGCUACCAGCGCAUCAAGACGCCAGCGGGUGGCGAGGCCAUCGUGCCAGUGUGCAAGGAUCCCUACUGUCCCGGCUGCCCCUACUCCGCGCACACCCAACAGAUGCUGAUGGGGGCCCCCUGCCCGGCCGGAUGCACCCAGUGCGAGCACCAGAAGUACGGCAUGGCCAUGGCCAGCGCCGGCCUGCCUCCAGGCCAUCCGUACUCGCAGGCGGCGGCCGCAGCGGCUGCCAAUGCGGCGGCUGCACGCUCCGCCCCCUACGUCUGCAGUUGGGUGGUGGGCGAUGCCUAUUGCGGCAAGCGUUUCCAGACCUCCGACGAACUCUUCACCCACCUCCGCACCCACACGGGCAACCUCUCGGAUCCGGCUGCCGCGGCCGCCGCUUUGGCCCAGUCGCAGGCGCAGUCCCUGCUCGGAACCCUGUUCCCCCCAUCGGCGCUGCGAGGUGGAUAUCCCACGCCCCCGCUCAGCCCCAUGUCCGCGGCAGCGGCGGCAGCCCGCUAUCAUCCGUACGCCAAGCCGCCGCCAGGUUCCAUGGGCGGUGCCCCAUCGCCCUUUGGCGCCGGCGGAGCCUUCAAUCCGGCAGCAGCCGCUGCGGCAGCUGCUCUCGGACCGUACUACUCCCCGUAUGCCAUGUACGGCCAGCGGAUGGGAGCGGCCCAUCAGUGAAGAGGGCAAAGGAGAAGGAAAAGGUUUUUAAAUGCAUACCAAAAAACAAAAAAAAAAGCAAAAGGAUAUCCCAUAGAUCCCAGAGGAAACGUUUUUGAAAUAAUUUCAAACGAAAAAAUGAUGAAAUGAUGAAAUGACCGGGAAUGCCGAUGGACACCAUCUCUCUGCGGCAUUCGCGCGCUGUUCUGUGAUACUAAAUUGUAGUUUGUCGAGCGCUAAUUAAACUUAAGUUUCCAUUCAACGAAGUAGAAGACGAAGAAGAUCAUAAUUAACAGCAACAAAAAUCGUAGCAGAACAAACAGAAAGAUCAACUUAUUUGCCACUUCACAAGAUAAUUAAUUCAUAAUUAUUGUCUACAGUAAUCACACAAAUCCAAUCCAAUCCAAUCCCCCCCACAUCCACAUAAGAGAUAUACAUAGUAGGAAUAUCAUCAGUUUUCGGAUACACAUUUUGUGUUUUUCUUUUGAAUCAACCAAAGUUUUUUAAAGUCUUAGCAAAGCAGAAAAAAAGAAAUACAAUAUUCAAUGCGACUUCCAAAAUUUGUUCUCUGAGAUGUUGAAACAUUGUUUUUAAUCUACGUUUUGCUUUAAUCUUUAAGUUUAUUAACUAUUAUUAUUACCAAUCAUUACAACAUUAAU